UAUUUUGAUUUUAGUUGCAGAUGGAUCAGAAUUUAAAAGUUGAGAACCGCUCAACAGCUGUUUGAUCAUCUGUUUGUGCCUUUCUCUCUUUUGUUGUUGUUUCAUUUUAUUAUAACCAAAAUUUGAUCAUCCUUUGUUUGAAAAAAAAUUUUCUAAAAAACAAAGCGCCGCUUGUCACUGAUGAACGAGUUCCGAUGAAAAGAAAAUAGUGAACAAUAUUUCUGUCGUCCGUUUACCGUACGAUCUUGUUCUCGGCAGUGUCCUCAAAAGGAACUCUGGGUGUCGUUGAAUCCGGCUGCCUGUACUCACCGGUACCACUUAUAUAAGACAAACGGCUCGGUAGGAACGAAUUUCAGAACUCGUCAAAAAUGAUCGUGUCGUGCAAAUGUCUGAACAUCCAUGUUGAGACCAAAGACGAUCCGAUCAAAUUUGAUAAACGUUUGUUGGGCGGCGGUUUCUUUUCAAAGGAGUUGCUAUGUUGUGAAGUGAUUGCUGUCACUAAGCACCAAGACUGCUUGAUUCUUGAAGAAAGAGCCUUUGGGUGGUCUAUAUUCAAAUGUCUCAAUUGUGAUAUGCUGUGUUAUGCUGUAUCUUUGGAUAAAAACAAACAAACAAUUUUGAUUAGUCCUGAUUUAUUGACUGAUCCAAAACAAAUACAAGAGUUAAAGAACUCGGAGUGUUAUUCGCCAAUUUAUGAAAUUGUUAUUAAUUUGACUGAUUCUAAUCAAUUAUAUUCUCCACGCUUAGCGGGUUUGGUGCCCCCAAAAGUCAAAGCACUACAACGACAAAUGAGUGAAGUAGUUGAAAAAGAAACAAAACUUGUGGAAGACAGAAUAAGAAAAUUCACAGAAAAUCAAUAUUCAACUUUGGAAGAAUUUAGAACUAAAGCUCAAAAUGAUUAUUAUACUUUAGCUAGGAUAAUAUCUGAAAAAGAUAAAAAGCCUAAAUUUGAAAAUUUACCUGCCCGAACAAGUGCUAACAAAAUGUCAUCUCCUAUACAACAGUUACCAAAACCAACAAUUACUACGCUCAAAAAUAAUCCAACAAUGAAUUUAAUGGAUUUCACAUUUAAACCUUAUACCAAGGAUAAUGAAAAUAGUGUUUCAUCAAAACCAAUUCUAAUCAAAAAACCUACAGUUGGGGGAAGUAAUGAUAGCGGAUUACCUCCAGCAUCUUUUGAUGCUGAAGGAUUAUUCCCCCUUGAAGACAUGGAAAACCUACAGAUAGAUUGUGCUUCUGAUGAUGAUCUUUCUGAAUCUGAAGGAGAAUCUGGAAGCCAUGAUGAAGGUAUUUACAUUCCGCAUCACAAAAAAUUAGAUGUGGCUGCAUCUCUACCAGUAGAUAUACCCAGAUUUAUGGUUCAUAGUGGCAGUGUUCCAAGUGAUAUUAAUCCUCGUAUUCCAGUUGGACGAGAUCCUGAACAGAAAAUGGACAUUGCUGCUAGUAUAAAAGCAUUAGCUAAAAGUGUUCAUGGUGAUCGAAUUUUUGGAGAAUUACCUAGGCCACGUCUGGGAUCUCAAAUUUGAAAAUAAGGAUUAUUUAUUUUUUCUGUUAAAUUAUAUUAACAUAUAAUAUAAAAUUUAGAAUCUGUGAAACAUAUUUUCCAAAAGUUGGUUUCAUUUAUUAUGGAUCCUAUUUAAAUAGGUGAUGAAGCGUUGAUUUUCAAGAGUAUAAUUAUAUUUUUUAAUUUACUUACAACUUUUUUGGAAAUAUAUUUAAUUAUUUAAGUGUGAUAAAUCUAAGAGUACAAGAUUUUUAAAAAUAUAGAUUAUAUAAUGCAUAUACAUAUUAUAUAUGUAUAAUGCAUAUAUUUUAAUAAUCGCUUUGAUUUUGUAUUACGCUUAUAUUGUUGUUUUAAGUUCGUACGUUUAAAAUAUUUUCUAUAUAUAUUUUUAAAAUGAAAGAUUGAAUCAAUUUUUACAUUAAAUCUACUUUUAUUAUGUCAUUUA